CCCCCGGCCGCUGCGGAGGCCGCGGCACGCUGAAGCGCCUGCUCAGUGCGGGACGCGGCGCGCCAGGGGCAGCGGCGGCCGCGGGCGCUUAGGCAUGGCGGCGGCGGCGCUGGGCGGCUCGUCUGGCUCGGCCUCCCCAGCGGUGGCGGAGCUCUGCCAGAACACACCGGAGACCUUUCUGGAAGCCUCCAAGCUGCUGCUCACCUACGCUGACAACAUCCUAAGGAACCCUAAUGAUGAAAAAUACAGAUCUAUCCGUAUUGGAAACACAGCUUUUUCUACUAGACUCUUGCCUGUCAGAGGAGCUGUUGAAUGUUUAUUUGAAAUGGGCUUUGAAGAGGGAGAAACACAUCUUAUCUUUCCUAAAAAAGCUUCAGUGGAGCAGCUGCAAAAGAUUCGUGACUUGAUUGCUAUAGAGAGAAGUAGCAGAUUGGAUGGGUCAAAUAAGAGCCCCAAAGUAGACUCAUCUCAUCAACCUGCCACCAGUACCCAGCUUCCCUCAGCACAGUCUUCAGAUCCUAAUGGGCUAACCCAGCACGCAGGGAACCACCAAGGACAGUCAUCAAAUUCACCCUCUCCUCCAAAGGUUACUGCUGAGUCCACCAUUCUAAAAGUUCUUCAGUCCAACAUUCAGCAUGUGCUGCUGUAUGAGAAUCCUGUUCUUCAGGAGAAAGCAUUAACUUGUAUUCCCGUCAAAGAACUAAAAAGAAAAUCGCAAGAAAAGUUAUCCAGAGCCAGAAAACUAGAUAAAGGUUCUAAUGUAAGCGAUGAGGAUUUUCUUCUGCUGGAGCUUUUACACUGGUUUAAGGAGGAAUUUUUUCAUUGGGUAAAUAACAUUUCAUGCAACAAAUGCGGUGGAGAAACUAGAUCUAGAGAUAAAGAAUUAUUGCCCAGUGAUGAUGAGCUGAAGUGGGGUGCAAGCAAUGUAGAAGAUCAUUACUGUGACGCAUGCCAGCUCAGCAAUCGGUUCCCAAGAUACAACAACCCUGAGAAACUUUUGGAAACGAGAUGUGGACGGUGUGGCGAGUGGGCCAAUUGUUUUACACUGUGCUGCCGAGCUUUAGGGUUUGAAGCUCGCUACGUUUGGGAUUACACAGACCAUGUUUGGACAGAAGUCUACUCUCCCUCUCAGCAGCGGUGGCUACACUGUGAUGCGUGUGAAGAUGUCUGUGAUAAACCACUCCUUUAUGAAAUAGGAUGGGGCAAGAAGCUUUCCUAUGUCAUAGCAUUUUCUAAAGAUGAGGUAGUUGAUGUCACUUGGCGAUAUUCUUGUAAACAUGAAGAGGUGAUCUCUAGAAGAACUAACAUUAAAGAAGCAGUACUUCGGGAAACUAUUAAUGGGCUUAAUAAGCAAAGACAACUGUCUUUGUCAGAAAACAGAAGAAAAGAACUUCUCCAGAGGAUAAUUGUGGAGCUCGUUGAAUUUAUAUCUCCCAAAACCCCUAAACCUGGAGAACUUGGUGGAAGAAUAUCUGGGUCAGUGGCUUGGAGAGUGGCCCGAGGUGAAAUGGGUCCAGAGAGAAAGGAAACCCUGUUCCUUCCCUCUGAAAAUGAGAAGAUUUCUAAACAAUUCCACCUUUGUUACAAUGUUGUGAAAGAUCAUUAUGUACGAGUUUCAAAUAACAAUCAAACCAUUUCUGGAUGGGAGAAUGGUCUGUGGAAAAUGGAAUCCAUAUUCAGAAAAGUUGAAACAGACUGGAACAUGGUGUAUUUGGCUCGAAAGGAAGGAUCAUCUUUUGCUUAUGUUUCCUGGAAAUUUGAGUGUGGGUCAGUUGGCCUAAAAGUAGAUAAUGUUUCCAUCAGAACAAGUAGUCAAACCUUUCAGACGGGAACAAUAAGGUGGACAUUGCGAUGUGACACAGCUCAUGUAGACGUGAUAGGCGAUAAAAAUCUUCGUUCCUAUGAUGACUUUUCUGGUGCCACUGAAGUUAUUUUGGAAGCAGAAUUAAGCAGAGGAGAUGGUGAUGUUGCUUGGCAACAUACCCAGCUGUUUAGACAAAGCUUAAAUGACCAUGAAGAAAAUGGUUUGGAGAUAAUUAUAAAAUUGAGUGACCUCUGAGAACCUGAACAUUGUGGGAAAGCUGACAGUAAUCAGGAUUUACCAAGGCCUGAAGUAGUCUGUUGAUUCAGUGCAUGCUUGGUUGGCAGUUCACACAUUGGCCAACGUAGUUCAUUUGCUGGCUAUCCAUCAUGUAACCCUCAUUAAAGUAUAUCUUUAUACUGUGGACCAUAAUGAAUCUUGAAUUAAAAACUCCCUUCCAAAUGUGACUAAUUUGGCAUUAAGUCUUGUUGCUCCUCAUAUGAGAUUCUAAUCUGAAGUAAGUGUAGAUGAAAGAAAAUGAUGAUAUUUGUGAUUAAAUGCUAUUCAUGAUUGUGAUAAAAUGUUGAGCUAAUAGUAAUUUAAUAUUUUCUGGUCAGCCAUUAAUUUCUUUAUAAGUGGCUAAAUUAGAUUUUCCUAAGAUUCUUAAUUUUUAAUGUGAAAGUACAGUAGUAUCUCAUAAGUUAUAAUGCAUGAAGUUUUUAUGAUUGUAAAUAUGUAGGCAUUGAAGAAAUAAAAAAUUAUUUUGCC